ACCUUCCCUCUUCCCUGCCUCUCCCACUCCCCGCCUAUUAAAUCUAUCCGACAUCUCGACCAAGCGACUUAAACACUCCAGUCAAUUGGGAGCAGUGAGAUCUAGCGAGCUUGUAGCGUGCGAUUUGGUCGGGUUAAUUCUAUAUAUAGAAAACAUCGUGAUAUCAUCAUGUCGUCGGGGCAGUAUCAGCAGGCGAGUAGGGAGGAACUGGACGCCAGGGCCAGGCAGGGAGAAACCGUCGUCCCUGGCGGCACUGGUGGCCUGAGCCUCGAAGCUCAGGAGCAUCUAGCUGAAGGGAGGAGCCGAGGAGGGCAGACUCGGAGGGAGCAGAUGGGAAAAGAAGGGUACCAGGAGAUGGGGCGGAAGGGUGGGCUGUCCAGCCUGGACGCCUCCGGAGGGGAACGUGCUGCUGAAGAGGGCAUUGAGAUCGACGAGUCCAAGUACAAGAUCCGAAACUAGAUAGCCUAGAUCGCCUCUUCCUCUUUUUUCCUUGCUUGUUACGUGUAGGGUGCUCGGUAGCGUAGCCUUAGGCAGCUAGCUUUCUUUGUCUGUAUGUUUGCGUUGUCUGUUCCUGGGUUUAAAUUAAGCUAGUAGCAGUCUGUUUGUAGUAGUAGGUAGCAGCAGUACUUGUGAGUCGCCGCUGCAUGCACGCGCUUGGGGUCUGCAUGCGGUGGGUCUAGGUCUAACUAGAAGUGGAGGUCGAGGGCUUCCCGGCGCUCUGGUGGGGUAGUCCUGUUUUGUUGUGCAGUGGUUUCUGCACUGCGCCUCUUCCUGUCUAUGUAACAUAAUGUGGCGACUGUUCAUAAUGAAAUAACUCUUUUAUCCAA